CGUCCUCGCCUUGCCCGUGGUUUCUUUAACUCGUCCCCGCGAGCGCGCGGUGCUCUUACCAUCGAGAAACGAUACACAUUGGAAAAGUCAUCUAGUCAUGCUUUUAGAAGUUUACGCAAACUCCCUGUAGUUGCUACUGGAAGUGGGACUGUGAGGCUCAACAAGCCCUUUAUGGACUGUGGGGAUACAGUGAUGCAGUGCGGAAGGCCAGCCCUGCACCUGGCUCCAGGACCACACCUACUAGGAGAGGGAUACAGCAAUGGGACAAGAACCGGACUCAAGACUUGCACAUGGGCCCAGAUGGACCAUCACUGGGUCAGAGCUGGGUGCUUCCGGAAUCCAGCCCCCUAAAGUGCAGAUGGGAAAAUUAAGCCUUCAAGACAGGGAGCAACUUGCCCAAAGAAAGGGGAGCUCCCCGAAGGACUCCUUCUAGCAGCCCUGCAGCCCUGCCCUGGGAUGACUGCGGAGGUGGGAGUGUGUGGGUGCUCUCUCCAAAUGCCGGAAAUAGGGUGCUGGCCCUGGCAAGCUGGGCUGUGGUCCCUACUCUUUCACUCUCUAGACCUCCUCAUUGCCCAGGGCCCUCUCUUUCUGAAGCAGUCAUGCCUGGAACAAAGAGUGCUGGGGGUCCCCAGGGAGCUGUUAACCUCAAACCAGACCUCAAGCCAUCUCUCGCAAGUGCCAAGAAGCUGCAGAACAAGGACUCUGAGUUCUUGGAUGGAAGUCGUUUGGAGUUGCCGGUCUUGGAGAAGACCAAGGGUAUAACAGCGUUCCAGGCCUUAAUUCACCUGGUAAAAUGCAACAUGGGCACAGGGAUCCUGGGACUUCCCCUGGCUUUGAAGAACGCAGGCCUCCUGAUGGGCCCACUGAGUUUGCUGGCGAUGGGCCUCAUCACCUGCCACUGUAUGCACAUCCUGGUCAGGUGUGCCCAGCGCUUCUGCCACAGGCUUAACAAGCCCUUUAUGGACUAUGGGGAGACAGUGAUGCAUGGGCUAGAGGCCAGCCCCAACGCCUGGCUCCGGGACCAUGCCCACUGGGGAAGGCAUAUGGUGAGCUUCUUCCUUAUAUUCACCCAGAUGGGCUUCUGCUGUGUGUACAUUGUGUUUCUGGCUGAUAAUUUAAAACAGGUGGUGGAAGCUGUUAAUGGCACCACCAACAAUUGCCAUUACAAUGACACAGUGAUUCCUAUGCCCACCGUGGACUCUCGACUCUACAUGCUCGCCUUCCUGCCCGUCCUGAUGUUGCUGGUCCUCGUUGGGAACCUCCGGGUCCUGUCCAUCUUCUCCAUGUUGGCCAACGUCAGCAUGCUGGUCAGCUUAAUUAUCAUCUCCCAUUACAUUGCCCGGGAUAUUUCAGACUCUAGCCAGUUGCCACUUGUAACAAGUUGGAAGGCCUACUCUCUCUUCUUUGGAACAGCCGUUUUUUCAUUCGAAAGCAUUGGCUUGGUUCUGCCCCUGGAAAACAAGAUGAAGGAUACCCGCCGCUUCCCAGCUAUCCUGUCUUUGGGAAUGUCCAUCAUCACUGCCCUGUACAUUGGCUUCGCGGUUCUGGGCUACCUGCGGUUUCAAAAUGACAUCAAGGCCAGCAUAACCCUUAACCUGCCCAACUGCUGGCUGUACCAGGCAGUCAAGCUUCUCUACAUUGCUGGCAUCCUGUUCUCCUACGCCCUGCAGUUCUACGUCCCUGCAGAAAUCAUCAUCCCCUUUGCCAUCUCCCGGGUGUCUAAGCGCUGGGCGCUGCUUCUGGACUUGUCCAUCCGCUUCGCCAUGGUCUGCCUGACAUGCAUCUUGGCAGUCCUCAUCCCCCGCCUGGACCUGGUCCUCUCCCUGGUGGGCUCCGUGAGCAGCAGUGCCCUGGCCCUGAUCAUCCCACCCCUCCUGGAGAUCACCACCUACUACUCAGAGGGCAUGAGCCCCCUCACCAUCGCCAAGGACACCCUGAUCAGCAUCCUGGGCUUCGUGGGCUUUGUGGUGGGGACCUACCAAGCCCUGGAUGAGCUGACCCAGCCAGGACACCCUAUUGCCUUUUCCAACUCCACCACUUUUAUUCAGUGAGAAUGGCACAGCUCCUCACCCACCAGCACCUGACUUUUAAUGAUAUGGAACUCUUUUAUAUAUGCAUCAUCUUUAUUUUGCAAGGACUCACCAGCUACAAGGUCCAAAUGGUAAUUUUUUUUUUUUAAUUUUUUAUUUAUUCCUUUUCUUUUCAACUCUAGCUUUCCACUACCCUGAGAGCUCUCCCAUGGAAGGUUCUCAAUUCCAUCCAACUUUUCU